AUGGGCUUGAAGCCGUAUCUUGGCCUUCGCGGCAAUGCACUUCUCAGAGCAGCGGUCGCACUGGUCGUAUUCCCAACUUUUACCUGUUAUGGCUACAAUAUGAGUGUGGCCGGUGGUCUUUUGACACUCCCCGCCUUCAACCAACAGUUCCCUCGAAUGGACACUAUCAACACGGAGGGAGAGAUGAAAGCGCAAAACUCGACAAUUCAAGGCACAGUGAUUGCUCUCUACACCGUCGGUGGUAUCUUCGGAGCCUUGUCAUGCGCGUAUUUGGGUGAUCGGCUAGGGCGGAAGAAGGUCAUCUUCUGGUCUAGUCUGAUUUGCAUGAUUGGCUGCAUUCUGAUGGGAACCUCCUUCGAUUUCGCCCAAUUUAUCGUUGCAAGACUAGUGCUUGGUGUAGGCAUUGGUGGGUUCACCGCUACCGUGCCAGUCUGGCAGUCUGAGAUCUCACCAGCACACAAACGAGGCUCGAACGUGGUUACAGAUGGCGUUUUUGUCGGUGCUGGAGUCACUCUAGGACUCUGGGUUGAUCUCGGGUUUUACUUUGUGAAAUCCAACUCCGCAUCAUGGCGAUUCCCUCUUGCUUUCCCGGUGGUCUUAUGUAUUAUGGCUAUGGUUUCCAUCCCGAUGCUCCCGGAAUCCCCCCGUUGGCUGAUCAUGACCGGCCAAAUCGAAGAGGCCCGGAAGGUAAUGUCGGCCCUUCUCGAGCUAGAGCCUGAUUCAGAUGAGAUCACCGAUACUAUUAAUGAUGUUCAAACUACUCUCGCUGUCUGUGGAAAUACUUCCUGGACCGCUAUGUUCACAAAUAAUGAGCAACGCCUCUUCCACCGUGCAUACCUUGCCUGCACCGGUCAGUUCUUUCAGCAGAUGUGUGGGGUGAAUCUGAUCACCUACUACGCGACCAAUAUCUUCCAGGAACAUCUUCACAUGGACGACGUGAAGUCCCGUAUCCUGGCUGCGGCAAUGGGCAUGAUGCAGCCGUUCGGUGGCAUGCUCGCUUUUUACACUAUCGAUAGCCUUGGUCGCCGACCACUCAUGAUAUGGAGCGCAGGAGCCAUGGCUGUUUGCAUGGCUAUUCUCGCCGGUACAACAUCCCCCCAGGCCGCGAACAACACUCCUGCACUAGUGGUCGCCGUCAUUGCGCUUUUCUGCUUCCAAUUUAUCUUCACAGUCGGAUACUCUGGCCUGACCUUUCUCUACGCUGCUGAGUUGGCUCCUCUACAGAUCCGUGCUACCGUCAGUGCCUUCUCCACUGCCACCGUGUGGGUUUUCAACUUCCUGCUUGCUGAAGUAACUCCCAUCGGCUUCAAUACCAUUGAAAAUAAGUACUACAUUAUCUUCGCGGUUAUCAAUGCCGUCAUUGUGCCAUCCGUGUACUUUUUCUUCCCUGAGACUAAAGGGCGGUCGCUUGAGGAGAUUGAUGAAAUCUUCGCCCAGUCGAAGAGCAUCUUGGACCCGCCUCGCGUGGCACGCCGCAUGCAAAAGACUCUUCGAGGCAGUAAGCCCGUCGAUCAGUCUGGCUCGGGAGGUGAGGAGAACAACAAUGCUAUCAUGGAAGUGGUCAAAGCUUAA